CUCCGCCCUUACUUCUGGAUGCUAACCAAGAUGGCGGCGGCGGUGGGCGGGGCCUGGCGUUUCCCGCUGAGCGUGCCAGGGUGGAGCACGCCCAGGAGGAGCCGGCUGGCUUGGCCUCAGCCUUGGCGUACGCAUCGUCUCUUCCAGUACGUCUGCAUCGGCGGCACAGGACUACAAAGAAGGUGUGUAGGCAGGUUUAGCCGUGGCUCAUGAACACGAGAAGUUUCUGCAUGGCUCCGUAUCACAUCCGAAAAUACCGGGAGAGUGAUCACAAACAGGUCCUGGACUUGUUUUCCAGAGGCAUGGAGGAGCACAUCCCUGCCACCUUCCACCGCGUCCUGAUGCUGCCCCGCACCCUCCUCCUCUUACUUGGGGUGUCUCUUGUCCUGUUCCUGCUCUAUGAUUCAUGGCUCCUGGCUGUUCUGUGCAACUUUACCCUGCUCCUUUUCCUGUGGCUCCUGACCAGAUAUUCCUGGAGACAGUAUAUACUGAAAUGUCUGCGCACAGACCUGGCUGACAUCACCAAGUCCUACCUGAGUGGAUGUGGCUCCUGCUUCUGGGUGGCUGAGUAUAGGGGGCAGGUUGUAGGCAUGGUGGGUACUUUGCCAGCCAAGGAUCCCCCACUGGGGAGAAAGCAGUUGCAGCUUUUCCGCCUGUCUGUGGCCUUGGAGCACCGAGGAGAGGGAAUAGCAAAAGCCCUGGUCAGGACUGUCCUCCAGUUUGCCCAAGACCAGGGCUGUUGUGAUGUUAUCCUUGGAACCACCAUAGUGCAGCAUAGCGCCCUGGCCCUCUACCAGCGCAUGGGCUUUCAGAAGACCAAUGAGUUCUUUCUAAGCAUGAUGGCAAGGCUAAUGAAUGUUUCUAUAGUUCAUUUAACAUACCGUCUGCCUACUAUUCCGGAUCAGCCAAGAUUCAGUUGA